CUACGUCAGAUCCUGAACUUGAGCGCCAUUUUUUCCUCAAUAGGGGAAAGAAAGGGACAAAAGCUGGACCAAAAAUAACUUGUCUCUGGAGAGGGUUCGCAAACAUCACCUGUAAUAUUUGGCUACAUUCUUCUAUCAGCGGUGUGUGUAGACCGAGGAUGCUGCUCGGAUGAGUAUCUGUGUGCAGCACCGGGAGCAGACGCAGCUUACCGACACACACAGUUGAGGGCCGGUGGAAGUGGAAAACGUUAGCCCUGUCGGAGGUGGCACAGCGACUACUAACGUAACCUAAACUGAAAAUUGGACGAGGUAAAUAUCUGCGAGGGAGCUGUGGGCAUCCUCAAGUAGGAAGAAGCGGCGUGGCCGGCUUAGUGACCCGGCUUGUUGCUGUCAGCGUGCUACUAGGGGGCUUUUUAAGGACUCCAGUGAGAGCAGCAAACACUCAGCAGUGUUAGCAUGGAUGGCAAUUGAGUGAAGGCACAGUGCUUAUGCAGACAUAACAUCCAUGUGCAGUCAUGCUGUUAUUUUCAUUCUGUCAUGGCUUGUGAGGAAUAAUGUAUCAGGUUCCAGUUGGAAAUAUUGAGAAGAUCCGAAAGGCACGCAAGGCGGUGAAAAACAUCCUAAGUGAGAUUGGCCUGGAAGACUGCCAAAACCAGCUGAAAGAUCUCAACGAAAACGCAGAGAAAAACUCAGAUGAAGACGAGGCCUUUCGGGAAACUGACUGGGGUGAUUUCACAGAUGGAUACAAUGGCAGACUACAGAAAAAGUGGCCUUAUAGGUCUCGAUCUCUGUGCUGUAACCUGUGCAAGUACUCUUCACAAAACAUCUACAACUUCAGGAGCCAUGUCUCUCGCUGCCACGGAUAUGUGCAGUCAUUCUGUGCGUUGGCACCCUGUUCUCAGUGCCUCUUCAUCGGCCACCCCAAGGUUGUCAAGAAGCACACGCUGUUCUUCCAUGCCAAACUCACCACCCACAUACAAUUGCCAAGGGAAGUGUCUUUACCCACCCAUCGUGGAAAUGAGAGAUAUCAGUGUCGAAGAUGUGGAUUUCCGUCCUCUUCUGUCUUCGCGAUGAAGAAGCACAUCAUUCUCAAGCACCUGGACAAUUUGGCAGAACAGUAUAUUGGUUACAGAUUAAACCUUCAAGGGGCUACAUCAGUAAAGGUCUACUGCUGCAAGGUGUGUAGGGUGAACACUGGAAACCUAGACCAAAUGUUACAUCACAUGCUGGUUGAGCCAUCACACUAUUCAGUCAGCACACAAGUGCAGAGUAUGAUUUAUGAGAACAAGAACUACACCAUUAAAUCAACACCUAAUGUGAAUGGCUUGUUUGUGACAUUCCCAAGUAUUGCUCCUAAACCACAGCAACCUCAAAUGUUCAACAGUAAGUCCUUGGUUUUACCAAGUAAUGGCCAACCUGCUGGGACUGUGGUGGCAUUACAGCAUGUACAAGGAACUACAAACAGUGCUACGCUGAUCUGUGCCCCUGGAACCAACCAAGCUUUUCUGCCCCCUCAAGCGUCAGCGCUAGUACAGCUAGCUAGUGCAGAGGCUAAAGGUUUGCUCCAGCCUGGUGCCACGAUAGCCCUCCGAAGUGCUUUGCACCAAGGACCAUCGAUGGUCCAGCUUCCCACAGUGUCUAAUGUGUCUCUGAAACAGGCACCCAUGGCUCUAGCGCCUGCUUCCGCUCAACCACAACAGACUCCACAAGCGCAGCAAAUUGUUCUUCCAUCUGGACUGCAGGCCAACAUGACAGCUGGACCUGGAACUGUAUCUAAGCCUGCGGUGGUUACACAAAAUGCACCAACAAACCAAAUCACCCUGCAAGGUACCAUGUUGACUUCACAGUCUCUGCUGAGUCACUUAAUCCCGACUGGCAACAAGAUGAAUGGCAUGCCCACAUACACUUUUGCUCCACUGCAAGUAGCAAUGCCUGUCUCCCAGAGCACCCCUCUCAAGACUGUUGAUCAGACAAGUAACUCCUCGCCACAAACUAAGAAAUGGAUUACCUGUCCCCUCUGCAAUGAACUUUUCCCUUCCAAUGUCUUUGACAUGCACACAGAGGUUGCCCACCAGACAAAAUCCACUACAUCCAAGUCAGAAAGCGUGGCGGCUCGAGCAGCAUUCUUGAAGAAAAUGCCCGACAAAACUGUCAAAUGUCUAACGUGCAAAAUUCUACUAUCAGAAAAAAGCGUCUUCCAACACCUGCUGCAUGGCCUGAAUUGUUUGUACUGUUCAGCUUUGUUCUUUUCAAUCAAACAGCUUGCUGAGCAUGUAAAGCAGCACAAUCCCACAAGCAAGGCAUACUGUGAUUUCUUGAGGCAGAAGUACAGGGUCUACUCAAAAGGUAUUGGAGGAAUCCUGUUCCCUUACUUUGAUGUCCACACCACAGCACCAAAAGAGGUCCUUGGAGACACUGAGGUCAAUCUUGCCCUGGUCACAAAUUCCCUCGACUUGAUCUUCUUUAAGUUGCAGCCCAGCAGCCAGCCAGAAAUCUGCCCAGCACCUGUGAAAAUCAACAGUUCGUACUGUCCCUUCUGUGGCGAGAAGUUUCAGAAUGAAUCCAUACACCUUCAGCACCUGAAACAAAAACACCUCGUAGCACCCACCAUUCAUGCAAUCCUCAAGACAGAGGCUUUCAAGUGCAUAUACUGCAAUGGUGUGUACACGGGAAUCGUCACCCAGAAGGCGGUGAUGCUCCACAUUCAGCGAUGCAGGUGUUCACCAAAACAACCACAGCCACCCAAAACUACAGGACCACCACAGCAGCCACCACAGCAGCCACCACCACCAAAACCAGCUCAGCAGCUCAGUCAGCCAUCCGGACUCUACUUCCUCCAAAUGCCACAAGGGCUGACUAUGAAACAAACUUUAGCUCCAGCUCGUGUAAUUCCAGCUGCUGCACCCACUGCAGAGCCUCUGCAAACGGAUGCAGAGCUGCAGUCUAAGAAGAGGCUGGAGGCUGCAUGGAAGGAGGUCAUUGAGGCCAACAAACGAGAGCGAGAACAAAGGGCAGCUAUGCGCAAGAAGCGAGAGCAGGAAAAGUCGUUGCCCCCACCAGAGCCUGUGAUUCAGAGCGAUCCCACAGUGAAACUUGUGUUGGAGCCCACUUCGGUUGAGCGCCGCUGCAAUGAGGAGCGCAGAGACUUCAUAUCCAAAUACUUCAACCUGAACCCCUACGCGACCAAAGCCGAGACCGACGAGCUGUGCAGGAGGCUGUCACUCACCAAAGCAGAGUUGGCAGCCCACUUCAGUAAGAAGCGCAGUAAGUGCAUGAAGAGUCUCAAGAGGAACACGGCUGCCAUUCUCCUCGGCUUCAACAUGACUGAACUGAGCAAAGUCAAGCACAAUCUCGUCAUCCCAGAACAGCAGCCUGCCGAUAUCCCAGAACAGCAGCCUGCCGAUAUCUCAGAACAGCAGCCCGCCGAUAUCACAGAGCAGAUGGAAAAUAGUGAGGCUGGACCAGAACCGAUGGAUGAAAGUGGAAAUGAGAAAGUUACAGACGGUGAACAGGUGGAGCAGAUGGAAUGAGUUCAGAAAUGUGUGUGUGUGAAAAAGGAACAACUUAAAAAAAACGGCAAAUAAAGCAAAUACAGAUCUCCCUGAUUUACAAAAACAAAAUUAAACCCUGAUACUUAACAGUCAGUAGAGAAAUUCAUCAUGCAGUGCAUACAAUGUAUUUCCUAACAUAAAGGUUACCUGUAAGUGAGGGCAGUUUCUUAAUGUAGCCUUCAUUAAUCAUGCUUCAUUUGAUUUCAGUAUGUUGUCAGUGGUCCAUAUAUCCUAAUUUCUACAUAAAUGCAGUCAUGCUGUGAUGCUUCUUUAGAACAUAAUGAAGAUACAGAUGUAUUGUCUGUGAGAUAUUUUGGUGUCGGACUGUUGAGCUGCAACAGUAUUUAGCGGGGUACAAUCUCAUUCAACAGCACUUACUGACUUCAAUUUAGGCACUGAUUAGCUCCUGCUUUCUCUGCACCCUUUAAUUUCAGCCCAUUUGUACAAAGUUGCGAUUCCAGCAUCGUUGCUUGUCUGCUAAUAUCACAACAUAGGUGCGCACUUCAACAUAGACUUGAUUUAUUACAUUAUGCUUUCCUCUGUAAAUUGAUGUAUUUUAUUUGUUUUACAUAUUUGGACCUAUUUGUCAUGUACACAGCUUUGAUUUUUUUCAUUGUUUUUUAAAAUCUUUCACACCACUCCCCCCUCUACAUUUCAACAGUUUUAACAGGAAAAUGUUUCUUGCUCCCCAACUCCUGCAGACUGCUUAGGUGAAUGUUCAUCUUGCAGUUUUGAAGCCAAAUUGUGAAGAAUGUACAAAAGUUUGAGUUGUCAGAUUUGUUGAAUUCCCAGAGUUAAUGAACACUUGGUUGUUAUAAAUCUCUGACCAUGUGGCUUGCAUGAGCCUUUGUUUUGUCUAAUGAUUUUAUGAUUUGUGCCAUUGUGAAGUCUACAUAUUUGCAUAGACUUGUAGAAAUUUACAUAGAGAUUUAACAAAACAUAAAACGUUACUGGGUGUUCACCAUAUAUCUUCUGUUCUCCUGACAGCUGGUUUUUUUUUGUACUAUAUAUGUAUUUUCUAUAAUUCCUAGAGGAUCAAAAUGUUGGGAGAGGUACAAAUUCUCAUUCUGUCCAAAACCACUGUGUUGUAAAAAAUAAAGUGGUUUUCUUUUA